UUGGUUUCUUCCAUUACUCUUUUUGGCUUGCUCGCUCGCUCGUAUUUUCAUUCCAUAUUGGAGAAACUGUUCUGCACCAUCUGUCACAACGGCUUUCAUCUCCAUUACCCGCCAAUAGGCGAGCCAUCAAUGGCUUUUGUUGCGGCUAGUAGAGUUUCUGUCUUUAGAAAUUCUCCAUUUUGUGCGAGUUUUCUUUCUUCUCGUACCGUUCGAACCUUCUGCUCCUCUGCUUCUCUCCCUUCUCGUGCUCAGUACCCACCUCCCUCACACUCAGUUUCUUCUUCUUCUUCUUCUUCUUGUAUUGUACCAAAUAGUAGCAAUACUGGAUGGAGACCAAUGUGUUUGUACCACACGCAAGGCAAGUGCACCAAGAUGGAUGAUACUGCCCAUUUGGAGAGGUUUAAUCACGAUUUUUCUAAGGAUCUUCGGGUGAAUGCUGCUGGCUUUGCGCAAAAGUGUUCUCAGGAAUUGGAUUUCUUCUUGGUGCUUGAUUUGGAGGGGAAAGUUGAGAUUCUUGAGUUUCCUGUUUUGAUAAUAGAUGCAAGAACAAUGGGCGUUGUGGAUUUGUUCCACAGGUUUGUGAGGCCCUCAAAAAUGAGUGAGGAAGCAAUAAACAAAUAUAUUGAUGGGAAAUAUGGAAAAAUAGGAGUUGAUCGUGUGUGGCAUGACACAGCUCUCCCAUUUAAGGAAGUUCUUGAACAGUUUGAAGCGUGGUUGACUGAGCAUCACUUGUGGGGAAGGGAGCUGCGAGGCCAUCUUAAUCAAGCAGCAUUUGUGACUUGUGGAAAUUGGGAUUUGAAGACAAAGGUUCCUGAGCAAUGCAAAGUGUCAAAUAUCGACCUUCCUCCAUAUUUCAUGGAGUGGAUUAAUCUGAAAGAUGUUUAUCUCAAUUUUUAUGGGCGUGAGGCCAGAGGAAUGAUGUCAAUGAUGAAACAAUGUGGAAUCCCAUUGUUGGGAAGUCACCAUCUUGGUAUUGAUGACACAAAGAACAUAGCUAGGGUAUUGCUACACAUGCUUGCUGAUGGUGCAGUUAUGCAAAUUACUGCAAGGAGGAGUAACUCUGAUUGUGGAAAGGUUAAAUUUUUAUUCAGGAACCGUAUCAGGUGAGACCUUCUGGUUGGACUUUUCAAAGACAAUAAAAGAAUGCAAAAAUACGAGUGUUUCAGUGAUAGGCGAUUCCACUAUUUCCAAAUUCAAGUGAUUCAAACAACAGAGCAACUGGAGAUGAAAAGAAACAAACAGGAAUUCUAUGGAGCUUACCUUAUCUAAUUCUGAAUUUGUAUUUCCUUCGAUAAAACUCUUGAUCUUGGCUGGAAAUUCCGAUGGAAGAUGCAAACUUUAUUGUGUUUUCAUUGGGUUUAUGUUUUGGGCAUUUGAGAUCUUUGAAUCACUUCAUUCUGUAUGUUAUUUAAAGGGGGGGUGUAAAGGAUUGUAUUUAGCUUUGAUCAAAAUGAUCCAAUGCGUUUGUGCUCCUCUAACCAUGUAAAUACAUUUUCAUGUACCCAAUUUCAAUUCCAAGGUAUUAUCGGGCAUCGAUCUUUGAUGUA